GAGGGGGCGGAGAGGAGAGGGAGACGGCAGCCCGCCCCUGCGUGCCUCUGCGCGGGAAGGAAGGGUUUUGGCGGGUUCGGCGGGAACGGGCGGACGGCAGGAGCGCGCCCGGCCGUGCGGACCGCUCGAGUCGCCUCCCACCCGCCAUGCCGGCCGCGGAGGAGCCGUCGAGCGGCCUGGAGGGCGGCGAGCCGCAGUACCUGCAGCAGGUCCGGCACAUCCUGCAGCACGGCCACCGAAAGGAGGACCGCACGGGCACCGGCACCAUCUCCGUCUUCGGCAUGCAGGCGCGGUACAGUCUGAGAGAUCAGUUCCCACUGCUGACAACAAAGAGAGUGUUCUGGAAAGGAGUGCUGGAGGAGCUGCUGUGGUUUAUCAAGGGUUCUACAAAUGCCAAAGAGCUCUCUGCAAAAGGUGUGAAGAUUUGGGAUGCCAAUGGAUCACGUGAGUUCCUGGAUAAGCAGGGGUUUUGCACCAGAGAAGAGGGGGACUUGGGACCAGUUUAUGGUUUUCAGUGGAGGCACUUUGGAGCAGAAUACAAAGACAUGCACGCAGAUUAUUCCAACCAAGGAGUUGAUCAGUUACAAAAAGUGAUUGAGAUGAUCAAAACCAAUCCAGAUGACAGAAGAAUCAUCAUGUGUGCUUGGAAUCCCAAAGAUAUUUCUCUGAUGGCCUUGCCACCUUGCCAUGCUCUUUGCCAGUUCUAUGUUCUAAAUGGCGAACUGUCUUGCCAACUGUACCAGAGGUCUGGAGAUAUGGGACUAGGAGUGCCUUUCAAUAUUGCCAGCUAUUCACUGCUCACAUACAUGAUAGCCCAUGUCACAGGGCUGAAGCCUGGAGAAUUCAUCCACACCUUAGGAGAUGCUCACAUAUAUCUGAAUCACGUGGAGCCUCUAAAAGUUCAACUUCAAAGGGAGCCCAGACCUUUACCUAAACUCAAAAUCCUUCGUAAGGUUGAAGACAUCAGUGACUUUAAGGCAGAAGACUUUCAGAUUGAAGAUUAUAACCCUCAUCCACCUAUUAAGAUGGAGAUGGCUGUUUAAUGCUAUUAAACAUCU